CAACAAAUAUGGCUUCUUCACGUGUAGCAGACAGGUUUUCUAUCUUGCUUAUCAUCUUAGGUGUUCUUGUUUCUGACACUGUGUCAGAUUUGGAGGAGGCAGCCUAUCCAACAGAUAUUGGAGAUGUGGCAUUUAUUAUACUCAGCCAGCCUGAAUCUUUCCACAUAUUACGUGCACAAAAAAUUAAGAGCAGCUUAGAAGAACAAGCAAAAAAAUUAAAAUGGGCUGCACCAAGUGUCACUCUCCUCCAUGAACAAUGGCCAGGAAAGACUGGUGCCUGGACAGUGCAGCCACUUCUUACAGACUUGGCAGAAAAAUUUUCAAAAUUCAGAUGGCUAUUUUUUUGUGAAGACCAAACAAGCAUUAAUUUGGCAAAACUUUUGGAGGUGUUAAAAAGAUUUGAUCCCUCAAAGGAACAAUUUCUAGGUAAAGCUCUCAGGGACAGCAUACCAACCAUCAUCCAUCAUUUUGCAUUCCAUGAUAAUCCCAGUAGCUUUGCAUAUCCAGACUUUGCUGCUGGUUUCUUACUCAGUCAGCCGUUAAUCAAGAGUUUAGCUGAAAGGUGGUUGGAGAAAAAAUCUAAAAUGGAUUUUACCAUAGAUCCUAAGCAUGAGCUGGCAAAGUUUAUAUGGGAUGAUGACAGGGGACCAAGGUUGACAGAUAUUCCAGAACUAUGUGCUGGUGAACCAGAUGAAAAGUGUGCUACAAACUGUGAAGUACGCCUGCCUGAUUGUGGGGCUCCUGUUCCAAAAGAAAAAAUAUUUUUUGCAAUAAAAACCUGUGAACAAUAUCAUACAGAAAGAGUACCUGUGGUUCAAAAAACAUGGGGACAAGAUGCUAUGAACAUAGAAUAUUACAGUGAAAAGGAAGAUAGCAGUAUACCGACAAUUGAUUUAGGAGUGCCAAACACUGUCAGAGGUCAUUGCGGCAAAUUUCUUGCCAUACUAAAAAGAGUUCAUAGUAAAGAAAAUUUAUCCAAGAUUCCAUGGUUAGUCGUUGCUGAUGAUGACACCCUACUGAGUGUAAGUAGACUUCAGAGACUUCUAGCUUGCUAUAAUCCAGAGGAAAAGGUUGCCCUGGGAGAGAGGUAUGGCUACGGAACUUCUUCAGGGCUGGGAUAUGAUUAUAUCACUGGCGGCGGUGGAAUGGUGCUAAGCCAGAAAACAGUGAGUGUCCUGUUGGACACCAAGACAGCAUACUGCCCUUCUGAUGAGUCCCCAGAUGACAUGCUGCUGGGAACUUGGCUCAAGAGACUAGAUAUACCAAUAAUUCACAGCCCUCUCUUCCAUCAGGCCAGACCAGAUGACUAUGCUGGGGAUUAUCUUGGUCACCAGGAAGAACCUAUUUCUUUCCAUAAACAUUGGAUGGUAGAUCCAUAUAAAGUAUAUAACCAGUGGUUGAAAGAAAAGGAUAUAGCCAAGGAAAACGAACCUGAAAAACCAAGAAAACCAAAAAUUAUCAUUGAAGACGUCCAUGAUGAGUUGUAAAAGUGUUAGAUGCUCCUCAGUCAUCUCACAACAUUAUUUGCAUCCAAGUCCUUACUAUUCCUACAGUAUAGUUUAAACCUAGCUUAUUCUUACCCUUUGCUAUCAGAGGCUUCUUAAAUAGUGUACAAAAUUAAGGUAUAGGCCCCUGUGGGAAGGUAUACACCCAAUCAGCUUGUCUGCUCUUACGAAACUUCUGGGCCCAAACUUCUCUGCCCGUACCUGCUCCUUGAACGGUGGCUCAGUAGCAGAGGAGGGUGAUUGUUGGAUUGGAUAUUUUCGCUCAGCUUGGCAUAUGGAGUAGGUCUGAAGCCAUGCUAGACAUGCAUUAUGUAACACUGGGAUGUGUGCUUCUCAGCACCUACUGGUAGGUGUGAAAUCACCCUUACUGAAAAACACAAAGGAUAUGUCUGACAAGGAACAGGUUCCCUUGAUCAUGUCAAAUCUCACAGGGUCCGAUACAAUAAUUUUGUAGCAGAGUACAUGCGGACCCUGUGGUUAGAGUAUAGCUUACUCUCUGUGGACAGUGCAGGAUUUUCCCCGUGAAAAACUCCUGCUUACUGAAUUUUCAAGGGGUAAGCAGCAUUAUUUUCCAACGAACCAAUGUGGGAUCCUCCUUUUCUGUCAUUUGUCAUAUCUCUUGUAAUAUAAAAGUGAUCAUUUUUCAAAUGCUGCCACCCCUCCAAGUUUGGAUUCUCAUACUGCCAUUAUUUAUUUCAUUUAUACCCAACAAAUGUGUGCAUUCUUUAUUUCCUAAUCUGCAGAAGUAGAAGUGUGCAAUUUUUUGACAGAUUUAAUGAAUUGAGUAUGUCGCUGUAAAACAGGGUUUUCUGCUAUGUGUGUUCAAUGGAAAAUUAGCUUGAUCAACAGUUCAAGUUGAGUUUUUUCUCAAAACUUGCAAAAUGAGUUUAUAGAAAGCUGCAACUCUUGUUUGUUCAAGUAUAGUGCAGAAGGCUCCCUUGCAGCUUUUGCUUGCAAGCAUCAACGUUACAGACUAAAAUGCUGCUGAUUGCAACUUUCCUUAGAUGAAUUUAAGGGCAGUAUUAAUCCAGAUGAUAAAUUUAGUUGAAAAUUGCAUCAAAUGUGCAAAAAUGUUGUCAAGUUAAUCUAGUGGUUCAAGUACCCUCCAAACCAUUUCCAUCUAUAAAUUCUCUCAAUAGAAUCUCUAGUCUAUUCUAGUCUAGUGUUUUAUUUAUACUAGUGAGUAGUGAUUGUAAUUAUUGUCUUGGUAAAUAUUGUCAUUGCUUUAAUAUUUUUAAGUAAUAUAAUCUGUGCAAUUUCCCUAAUUUUGUCUAGUUAGGGUGCAUUUUAAAACUGCUCAGUAUACAAUUUAAUUGCAUUUGAAUAUGGGAUGACCUUUCUGCAAAAUCAGUCCCACAAAUCCCACUGCUAUAUUGUGCUUAUUUUUGUAGCACAUUAAAGAGGCCAGGUAUAUUGAAUAUCAUUACUGAUGUAGGUCUGACAUGUCUUUUAAACCCCUUUAAACUUACGCAUUUGUGUAUCUUUUCAGAAUUUUGACUAAUUUCUUAUUUUACAUAAUGUAUAUGGCAAUAUCUUUGGUUAAUAUUUUUCUCCAGAAUUCCAUUCAUGCACAGAUAGUGCAGGUGUACAAUGUAAGAGCAAAAGAAGAAAAUUGUAAUAAAAUAUA